AUAUAGGCCUCGGCGUUGUGUGGGUAUUUACUUAAGAUGCGUAGUAUUUCCUCUGCACCACAUCUCCUUCAUCGUAUAUGCCCUUGUGUCAUCUGGCCACCUGUUUGACCUCCCGAACACCCCUAAGAGACGACAAAGCUCCGGCAGGAUGAGUGAGCGCUCCGGUGCAAGCACUCUGGCGGCCAUGACGCUGGAGGAGCCAGGGGCUGAACAGGCUUCUCCUCGAGCCCCGGGCCCUCUCCGCUGUGGCCCCUGCGCCGUGUGGCCUCGCCAGCAGACCUGGCUGUGCGCCGUGCCCCUGGUCAUGGGCUUUGUAGGGCUGGGACUCAGUCUCAUGCUGCUGAAAUGGAUUGUGGUGGGAUCGGUCCAAGACUAUGUCCCCACUGAUCUGGUGGAUCCUAAAGGUAGCAUUGGACAGGACCCUAUAUUCCUCUCCAAACCCAGUGCCAUGCCCAAGGGGCCUGACAUCUCCACGGCCACCACUACUUUAGCUGCCUCCACGACAGCGAUGGUGUCGACUACCACGCCGCUAGCUGCGGAUGGUACCGCUCCAGCUCCAAGAACUCGAUCAGGGCCACCAGCAAACCACUCAGCCAAUGCCAGCACUGCCAGUGGAGAUGGCAACCGUGCCCCACACCUUCAUAACCGUGUUGGCACCCGCGUUAGCGGGACUGUGGUCACCACCUCUGCCACUCGCGCCACCCGACUCACCCCACCUCCCAACGGUAAGGAGGUCACGCCUCGCAGUACUGUUAGAAAAGGAGGCAGCUCUGGGAAUGGACGUAAUGGAGCUGCCAACUCAAAGCCUGGACAGACUUCUUCUACCACCACUACGGCAUCCACCACCACUACAGCUACUGUGAAGAUCACUGGUAAGGCUCAGCCAACCACCUCCCAGCCGGCAGCCCCUGUCAAACCCACGUCACGAUGGAAUCACGGGCGCCCAGGCAAGGGCCCAGCCACCCGCCCACACCACCGCUUCCGAGCACCGCUGGCCCCAACACUCCCUAGUCUACGUUCAGAGGUCUUCAAGCCAUGUGUGGAGGACAAGGACCUCGCCUUUUGCCUGAAUGAGGGAGAAUGUUCCAUCAUUGAAACCGUGGCUGGGGUUCACAGACACUGCAGGUGUAAGGAGGGCUAUCAUGGACUACGCUGCGACCAGUUUGUACCCAAGACAGAUGCUAUCUUGUCAGACCCAACGGAUGAACUUGGGAUUGAGUUCAUGGAGAGUGGUGACACCUACCAGCGGCAGGUGCUGUCCAUCUUCAGCAUCGCCUCGGGGAUCUGUCUUCUUGGAGUGGCAUGUAUGGCUCUCUACCGCCGCAACAAGAGACACAGGGAAAAACUCCAGGCUCAUUUCUCUGAUAGUCGCAGCCUGAGAGACUGCAGCGUCAACGCCUCCGGCCUCAUGUCCAAAUCCACUCCCAGGCUCCAGUACAGCCUUCAGCUCCAAAAGAGUUGCAGUUCUCACGGAUCAUCUGUUAAGGGCGGCAGCGCGGCGCCGGGCUCAUCAGCGGUAGCCGCACCUAUCCUCAGCAAGGCGCUAUCGAAAGGGAAACGCUUCAGGAGCAGCUCCCUCUCGCUCAGUCCCGCUCAACAACGGAGGGAGACUAAUUACUUCAGGACCCCGCCCAUUUCCAGGGGGAAGCACAAAAUAUCGACCAAUCUCAUCGACGGAUCCCGAGCGGCGGGCCACGUCUACAAACACUUGCAGGAGGACGAGUCAACAGACAUGGAGCCCAUAAGAAGGUGUGAUUCUGCCACUGGAAGGGUCGGCGCCCUCCUCAGCAGGACCUCACUUUCUCACUUCACAGCCAGAAAAGGAUGGACUGAGGUCCCCUGCACCCGCUUAGAUAAGGGAACGACCUUCCUCCCGCCGUCCCUGCGCACCCGCUCCGUGCCCAUCAUCCCGUCGCUCCAAGCAUGCGACCUUGAGGCGGGGCAUUCGGACGCGAGCGACCGAAACCGAACAGGGCUCCUCAAGUGGCACCCUAUGCUGGCUGGAAAGUCGGGGAUGCCCGUUAGCAAUUCUUCCUCUCCUCCCCCCGAGACUGUCGUAUUGGCAACCAGUGUUAUGCCCAGCAGUGUUAGCCCUCCUGCCACCGCCGCCACCACUACCGCUGCUCUGCUGGGGUCGGAGAAGAACCUCAGCUCGGCGCAGACACCCUGCUCCUUUGAAAUCACGGUGGAACUUGCGCAGGAAUUCAAACAAAAAAGCCAUUCCAGCUCCAUGAAAACGUCCGGGUCUCACGGCGAGAUCCACGGCACAAACACUCUCGAGGCCGGGUCCGCGCCGGGAGGGAAAAGCGUCCAGUAUUCAGCCAGAGUUGUGCACACGGGCAGCGGGACCAGAGGUUUGAAGACAGCAGGCCAAAGAGAAGCCCAGGGACAGUGCCAAGGUCAGACAUCUCUCGCGUACGGAGGCGCUAACAGCUUCGUGGCCACCAAAGGACCCAGUUGCAGAGGAGCUGGGAACGCUUACGCCAAGCCGUCCGCGAGCUGAUUGGAUUAACUCUGUAAAGCUUCGAAGACAUUGUUUCUCGAUAACUGCAUACCUUCGCUGGUGGCUCAGGAUGGUUUAGCAGGUGGGACCAUCUGUGUGGCCACAUGGACCAAUAACAGAUGGCUAUCAAUUCCUUUUUUUUUUUUUUUUUUUUUGAGGGAACA